UAUAUACUUGAAUUCAUAGGUUCACCUUUCACCCUCAAGUCAAAAAUAAGUCAUUUCAUUACUAUACCUUACUUGCAUUAAGAAAGCCUUCCUAAAACAAAACAAAAAAUGGAAGUAACAAAGAAUAUAGAACUCCAAACAAGUGAGCCAAUAAGAGAUACUUACAAAAUUGCAUACAUUCUCCAUUUCUUCUUAGGAGCUGGAAAUCUUCUUCCAUGGAACGCAUUCAUCACAGCCAUUGAUUACUUCGCGUAUCUUUACCCAUCAAAACACGUCGAAAGAGUCUUCUCGGUAGCUUACAUGACUUCCUCCUUGCUCAUCUUGCUGUUAAUGGUAAAGAGCCAAGGAAAAAGUAACAGCAUGUUAAAGAACAAAACAAGUUUCAGAGUCAGGAUGAAUGCUGGGUUUUCCAUGUUUGUUCUGUCUCUAAUGGUAGCUCCAAUAAUUGAUUGGGCUAAAUGGCCCGACAUGAAAUCCCAUGGAAGCUUCAUCAUGACUGUGUCUUCUGUGAUUGUGUGCGGUUUAUCGGAUGGAUUGAUCGGAGGAAGCUUGAUUGGUUCUGCAGGAAACUUACCUAAGGAGUAUAUGCAGGCAGUUUUUGCUGGAACAGCUUCUUCAGGAGUUCUAGUUACGAUGCUGAGGAUGCUAACGAAGGCGUCACUCCCAGAGGAUCCGCAAGGCCUACAAACAAGCGCGCACUUCUACUUUAUAGUAACGGCCAUCAUUCUAGUAGUUUGCACAAUCUGCAGCAACCUGUUGUUCACACUUCCUGUAAUGCAAGCAUACUAUAAGAAGCAACAAUCUGAACAACAGCACACUGAUGCUCCAACUCACAGGCCAAAACUUUCUGAAACUGCAAAGAAAAUCCUGCUUCCUGCACUCGGAAUCCUGAUCAUCUAUGUUGUUACGCUAUCGAUUUUCCCGGGAUUCAUUUCAGAUAACGAUCAGAAAUCCAAGCUACUCAAGGAUUGGUACCCGAUUUUGCUGAUCAUGGCCUAUAAUGUUUCGGACUUAGCAGGAAAAUCGUUAACAGCAUUGUUAAUUCCAAGCAACAUAAACAAAGUUACAUGGGCGUGUUUGGGAAGAGUCCUGUUUUAUCCUGCAUUUAGAGCAUGUCUACAUGGACCAAAAUGGCUUGAUAGUGAAUUUGUUACAGUGUUGCUAACAUUUAUGCUUGGUUUAAGUAAUGGGUAUCUAACAAGUACGCUUAUGAUCCUAACACCGAAAUCAGUGAGUGGUUCCGAGGCAGAGACUGCUGCGGUUGUUAUGGCUGUGGCUCUUGGAUUUGGUUUGGUUGGAGGUUCUGUUCUUGGUUGGCUUUGGAUCACAUAGUAACUUAACAAGAUUUCUAUUUUAUGUGUUUAAUUUUCAGCUUUAAACAUCUUAAACUAUAACUAAGUAUAGAGCAUUAGACCUUGAAAUUAUUACCAUAAUUUGUAGUUUGGAUCAACAUAUUGUGCAUAUUUUGGCUUAAUUAUUGUAAAAUCAAGUAUUGUGAGAAAGUUUGAACUAAGUUACUGUAUUUCAUGCUUCAGUUCUAAUAAUGGUUAACAUCUGC